AUGGAUUUGACGGAAGGCGUCGGGGAGAGCUGUUCGCCGCCGAGGAGCUUUGGGAGUUUCGGCAACUAUGAUGUCAGGAACGACGUCUUCAAUCGCUUGAUUGAGAAUGGCUACGACGAGGCCGUCUCUGACCCCGACCUCUUCCGCCUUCGCCUCGAUGCUCAUUUCAAUCGCCUCCCUGCUUGUUAUGGCCUUGAUUUUAACAUGGAUAGAGUAGAGGAUAUGAUAUUGCACCAAACACUUCUAGACAAGGCAAAGGAUCCAGCGGAGUGCCCUGUUUACCAUGCCCGUUUGAUGGAGAACCUUGGUACUGCUGUAAAUGGGAACAAUGAGGAACAUCCAGGAUCACUUACAUCAAGGCUAGCAUCAAGUGCUGAAGAUGAAGACGGUGCUCCAUUGCACAAGAGAGUCAGGGAUGGAGUUGAUUUUGAACCUUGCUCGAAGCUCGGGGAUCUGAAUUUGGAGAAGACUUCCAAGGACAUGGAGGAGAGAUAUCAGUCUGAUAGCCUUUCAAGAAGGCACGAAAAUGUUCAGGCUCCAGUACAUGAAGUAAUUUUUUCUACAAUUGACAAGCCAAAACUUCUUAGUCAGCUCUCCGCUCUGCUUUCUGAUAUAGGACUUAACAUCCGUGAGGCACAUGUAUUCUCCACCACUGAUGGCUAUUCUUUGGAUGUAUUUGUGGUUGAUGGAUGGCCAGUUGAGGAUACAGAUGGUUUGACUGAGGCAUUGGGAGAAGCAAUUGCUAGAAUUGUAGGCAAAGAUUCAUCAGAAGAUGCAAAACAUGGAGAUUGGGAAAUAAAUAGAAGGUUGCUGAAGAUAGGAGAAAGAAUUGCUUCAGGAUCAUGUGGAGAUUUGUUUCGUGGAGUCUACCUUGGCCAAGAUGUUGCUAUCAAAAUUCUUAGAGCUGAGCAUUUAACUGCUUCACAAGAAGAAGAAUUCUUUCAAGAAGUGUCAAUCUUAAGAGAGGUCCAACAUACCAAUGUUGUUCGUUUUGUUGGUGCAUCUACCAGAUCCCCACACUUGUGCAUUGUAACAGAGUACAUGCCUGGAGGAAGUCUGUAUGAUUACUUGCACGAGAACCACAAGACGCUGAAGCUUCCUCAACUGCUCAAAUUCGCAAUAGAUGUUAGCAAAGGCAUGGAAUAUUUGCACCAAAACAAUAUAAUUCACAGGGAUCUGAAGACGGCUAAUUUGUUGAUGGACACAGACAAUGUUGUUAAGGUGGCAGAUUUUGGAGUUGCCCGGUUCCAGAAUCAAGGGGGAGUAAUGACAGCAGAGACCGGUACAUACAGAUGGAUGGCCCUUGAGGUCAUAAACCACCAACCAUAUGAUCAGAAAGCUGACGUCUUCAGUUUUGCUAUUGUGCUGUGGGAAUUGCUCACUUCUAAGGUGCCUUACGACUCCAUGACACCAUUGCAAGCUGCCCUGGGAGUCAUACAGGGGCUGCGCCCAGAUCUUCCGCAGAAUAUUCAUCCAAAGCUGUUAGACAUAAUGCAGAGAUGUUGGGAAACAGAUCCUGGCAAGCGGCCUUCCUUCUUCGAGAUAACCAUUGAACUGGAAAAACUUCUCCAAGAAAUCUAG